UGGUCACUCCGCUCUCCCCUAUCCUCUCGCCGGUGGCUGCUGCCACCCUCCAAUGGCUAAACCCCUCCUCCUCCCCUCUUCCGGCGCGGCGGCAGGUCGCCUCUCCUCCCGCCUCGCCAUCACCACGGCUCCGCCCCUCCGCGUGCUCCCCUUCCUCUGCCCGCAGGUGACGCCGCGAGGCCGCAACCUCUCCUUCUCCCCCGUCUCCGCCGCGUCCACCGGCAAGCGCCGCAAGCCGCCGCCGCCUGGGCCGAGCCCGGUCAUUAGCGAGGGCAGGGAUGACGAGGACGCCGUCGUGGGCCGCCCCGUCUGUCCCGGGUGCGGCGUGUUCAUGCAGGACGCCGACCCCAACCUGCCCGGCUUCUUCAAGAGCCCCUCCCGCCGCUCCCAGGACGGAAUGGGGGGAGAUGGGUCGCCUCUUGCCGCCGAGCCGGAUGGAUUUCUUGGAGACCUGGAGGCGGUGGAGGACGACGCGCCGCCAGAAUCUGAUCUUGCCGCCGAAUGGGACGAAUUUCUUGAAGAAGAGGAGGAUGAGGACGAGGAUGGAGCGAAGACGAAGGCUGACAUAGAUGCUGAGAUUGAUGGCUUCUCGAGCGGCUGGGACUCGGAUUGGGAUGAUGAGAUGGAAGGCGAGGAGGAGAAAUGGAGGAAAGAAUUGGAUGGUUUCACCCUGCCGGGAGUUGGGUAUGGAAAGAUUACCGAGGAGACACUCGAGAGGCUGAAGAAGGAGAGGCUGUCCAAGUCUGAGAGGAAGCGCCGGGCAAGGGAAGCCAAGAAGGCCGAGGCCGAAGAGGACGCCGCCGUGGUCUGUGCGCGGUGCCACUCGCUGAGGAAUUAUGGGCAUGUGAAGAAUGACAAGGCUGAGAAUUUGAUCCCGGACUUUGAUUUCGAUCGGUUUAUAUCAUCUCGUCUGAUGAAGCGGUCAGCCGGCACACCAGUUAUUGUCAUGGUGGUGGAUUGCGCGGACUUUGAUGGCUCAUUCCCUAAGAGGGCUGCCAAGUCGCUGUUCAAGGCGCUUGAGGGGAGGGGGACUUCUAAGCUGAGUGAAACGCCGAGGCUUGUUUUUGUUGGUGCGAAGGUGGAUUUGUUGCCGUGGCAGCUUAUGGGAGUGAGGCUGGAGAAGUGGGUGAGAGGCCGAGCUAAGGCUUUUGGAGCACCGAGGCUGGACGCUGUUUUCUUAGUCAGUGUUCAUAAGGACUUGGCUGUCAGAAACUUGAUCUCAUAUGUCAAGGAACUAGCUGGGCCCCGUAGCAAUGUUUGGGUGAUUGGUGCACAGAAUGCUGGCAAAUCUACACUAAUUAAUGCUUUUGCAAAGAAACAAGGUGUCAAAAUCACAAGGUUGACUGAGGCUGCCGUCCCAGGAACUACAUUAGGAAUCUUGAGGAUAACAGGCGUUUUGCCUGCAAAAGCCAAGAUGUAUGACACUCCUGGUUUAUUGCAUCCAUAUAUAAUGGCAAUGAGAUUAAGCAGUGAGGAACGGAAGAUGAUUGAAAUUAGGAAAGAACUCCGACCAAGGAGCUUCAGGGUGAAGGCGGGACAGUCUGUACAUAUUGGAGGUUUAACAAGACUUGAUGUGCUAAAAGCUUCAGUCCAAACUAUCUACAUUACUGUUUGGGCAUCUCCUAGUGUUUCCCUCCAUCUGGGGAAGACUGAAAAUGCUGAAGAACUGCGGGAGAAACAUAUCGGCAUCAGACUUCAGCCACCAAUUGGGCCAGAGCGAGUUGCUGAAUUAGGUCACUGGACGGAAAGACAGUUUGAUGUGUCGGGGGUCAGCUGGGAUGUCAACAGUAUGGAUAUCGCUAUUUCAGGGUUAGGUUGGUAUUCCUUGGGCCUGAAAGGAAAUGCCACAAUUGCUGUGUGGACUUUCGAUGGCAUUGAUGUGACGAAGCGUGAUGCGAUGAUUCUUCACCGAGCUCAGUUCCUUGAAAGACCUGGAUUUUGGCUACCCAUCGCCAUUGCUAAUGCUAUAGGUGAGGAGACCAGGAACAAAAAUGAGAGAAGGAAGAAGGCUGAGCAAAGAGAUGAUUUCCUUUUGGAAGAAAGCACCGAGGAUGGUGUGGAGGUUCUCACAUAGUGAAUAGGACUAUUACUAGGAAACCUAUUUUCCACAUUGAUCAAUGAUAAAUCAUUUUCAGACUAGAAAGUAGAACAUACUUAUGUUGGUAAAAAAAAUAGCUUUUGAAAUUCUAUAGCAAGAGGCAGCUCCUUAGUGUAAUAGGUAAUCUUUGUGUGAGAAGAAUGGAAACUGAUGUUUUGUAGAAAUAUGGCAUCGAUGAGUGUUUUAUAUGUUCCCUGUUUAUUA